AUGUUGUUUUCUAUAGUGUUUUUAUCUAUUUUAUCUAUAAUCUAUGGUAAAAAUGAAAAUCAACAAAUAAUUAAUAUACAUAUUAAUGAAGAAUUACCAUUAUCAACAAUACUUUUUAUAACAACAAAUAAUAUAACAUAUCGUUUAUUAGAUUCAGGUCGAAAUCAAAAUUCUUUUGUAUAUUAUAAUAUAUCAAAUGGUCAUAUUUCAUUAUUACAUUCACUUGAUCGAGAAUAUUUAUGUUUAGAACAUAUAUGUUCAUGUAAGAAAUGUCAAUUAAUUAUUGAAUUAAUUGAAUGGCAAAUACCAUAUCGUCUUUUAAAACUUAUUUUAAAUGUUGAUGAUAUUAAUGAUCAUAUACCAAAAUUUCCUUUUGAUAAUUAUCAUUUAAAUAUUAUUGAAAAUGUUCCAAUUGGAUUUGAAUUAUCAAUAGAAUCAGCUUAUGAUAGUGAUUUAGGUGAAAAUAGUCGAAUUCAUUAUGAACUUAAAAAUCAUAAUGAUGGACCAUUUGAAUUAAUUACAAAAAUUAAUGGAGGAUUAGCAUUAAAAGUUAUCAAAGAAAUUGAUCGAGAAAAACAAGAUUCUUAUCAAUAUGAAUUAAUUGCUUUUGAUCAUGGAAAACCAAAAAAACAAAGUUCAACAAAAUUAUUUAUUCAAGUCAAUGAUACGAAUGAUAAUCCAGUUCUUCUUUCUAAAACAUAUAUUCAACUUCAUAUUAGUGAGAAUACACCUGUAGGAACUGAAUUAACAUAUAUUAAUGCAACCGAUAAUGAUAUUGGACUUAAUGGAAAAAUUCAUUAUUCAAUUAGUAAUGGUUUUCCAUCUUCUAGUUGGAGAGAUUAUUUUCGUAUUGGAAAUUCUACUGGAAUAUUAAUUCUUAUUAAUCCACUUGAUUAUGAAUCUGAACAAUCUUAUCGAUUAAUUAUUCAAGUUCGAGAUCGUGGUGAAAAUUCUCUUGCAUGUUUUGUUACAAUUGAUAUUUCUAUUAUUGAUGAAAAUGAUAAUUUUCCACAAGCAUUUGUUACUUUUGUUAAUCCACUUAUAAAUAAUUCAAUUAUAUCGAUUGUUGAAAAUACUUCAAUCGGUGAAAUUUUAGCACAUAUAUCAAUAUCAGAUCAAGAUUCAGGUUUAAAUGGUAAAAUAUCAUAUAAAAUAGAACAAGGUGAAGAUUUAAUUGGAAUAAAAAUACAUGAUGAAAAAUCAUUUUUACUUAUUAUUAAUCGUUUAAUUGAUCGUGAAGAUGAAAAUAUAAAAUUAAAUAAAUUUAUUUUAAUUAUAUUUGAUUAUGGAAAACCAUCGAAAUUUAUACGAUUAGAAUAUGAAAUAAAUAUUAUUGAUUUAAAUGAUUCACCACCAAAAUUUAAUUCAUCAAUUAAUUGUAAUUUACAUUUAAAUCUUUUACAAAAUCGAUCUUUAGAUCAACCUUUAUUUCAAAUACAAGCAAUUGAUUUAGAUUUAGAUGAUAAUGGUCUUAUUUCUUAUUCUAUUCUUCCUCCAUUUGAAAAUUCAUUUAUAAUUAAUAAUCAAGGUGAAGUAUUUUAUUUUGAUAAUUUUAAUGAAUCUUCUUAUCAUCUUCAAAUAAUGGCAAUUGAUCAUGGAAAACCAAUUCGAUUAAAUUCAACUUAUAAUUGUCAUUUAUUUACUUCAAAAAAUCAUAUUCUUGAAUAUUUAAAUAAAUCUACAUCAUUAAUUAAUACUAUUAAAAUAUUUCAAUAUAAUUAUUUAUAUCUAUUUAUUAUUUUUUUAAUAUUUAUCUUUCUUUUAAUAAUAUAUUGUUCUUAUAAAUUAAUAUUUAAUCGUAAAAAAUAUUUUAAACAAAAUAAAACAUAUCAUUUAUAUGUUUCUAUUCCUCGAAAAUCAACAUAUAUUAAUAAUGAAAGUCUUUCUACUAAUAGUCAAAUAAGUGAUAAUCAAUCUGAUGAACAUGAAAGACUUGUUCAAUUAAAUAAUGAUAAAAAUUCAUUAUUAGAUCAUCAACAACGUUCUUCAAUAGUUCAAAAUAAUUCUCCAUCAUCAAUAUCUUCUAUUAUUAUUUCAAGAAAAUCUCCACAUGAAUUAAUAAAUCAAUCAAAACAAAAUAGUCGACCAGUAUCUUUAUCAAUUUCAACAACAACAACAUGUACAAGUACUGGAACAGAUUUAUCAUGUAAAUUAAAUAAUUCAAAUUCAACUGUUGUUCGUCUUGCAGAAGAAGAACAUAUUGAUAUUUAA